AUGGGACUUUCACCGCGACGACGAGGACGAAGGUCAAUCCCGGCCAUGAUGCUUUUGGGGAUGUUCGGUCUCUUGUUCUCGACCACCGGCAUCACACCUGUCAACGCCGAAUUAUUAGAUUCCCCAACACCUGAAGAUUUCUUGCGCAGAGUCAAUGCCAGAGCGGCCGUCGUCGGUAACCACGUCUACAUAGACGGCGGCGAACUUUCGCAACUCGAUUCCGUCACCAAAUCCCCUCCCCCCUCCUCCGCCCGCGCCUCCAACGGCAACAACGCCACGCUCUCCAUCGACCUUUCUUCGAGCUGGAAAGCCUCCUCCGUCGAGAUUAAGAUCGCCGCCCGCAAAGACGUUUCCGGGAACAAAGGUCCCUACGCCCUCAACGGCGAGUGCUUGUGGCCCUCGCCCGACGGCAAAGGGUUCUACAUUUUCGGCGGCGGCGCUUCGUACGGGAUCAACGUUAAGAACCUGGAUAAGAGCGGGAUAUGGAAGUUUGUCGUUGAUGGAGAUGGAGACGAUGGAACGGGGAAAUGGGAGAUCGAGACGCCCGUGCCUACGAGUCCCGCGCCGCUGAGGACGUUGCGGCUGACGGAGCAGGCGGCGUUUGUGGCUACCACUGGAGGAAGUAAUGGUGGUGGCGGUCUCGGGUUUAGCGUGGGAGGAACGGCUUCGGCGUGGACGGACCCGUCGAAUCCCAAGAGUGACCAUAUCUCGGGCAUGGUGGUGUAUGACAUGAACCGCAAGGAGUGGAGGAACGAGACGGCGGUGGGGUUCACGACAGGGAACGGGUCCCUUAGAGGCGGCGCGGGGGUGUUUGUGCCGAGUUUUGGUAACGUUGGGGAGGAAGAGAAAAAUAAUGGGUUGGUGUUCAUCCUGGGUGGAAGCGUGUUUGCGGUGCCGGCUACUACGAAGGAUAACCAGCCGGAUUUUGUCAUGGGGUUCGACAAUGUUACCUUCUUUGAUCCCGUCAGCAGGGAGUGGUACUGGCAGACGACGACGGGGGAGAGGCCGAGUAGCAGGGAGAGGUUUUGUGCGGUUGGUGUCGAAGGCCGCAACGGCACCUAUGAAAUAUUCAUGUACGGCGGUGUCGACUCAAAGACCGAGGAGUCGUAUAACGACGUUUACAUCCUGAGCCUUCCCGGCUUCGUGUGGUUCAAGGCCGCGGAUAGCUCUCAAGAGAAGCGGGCCGGUCCCGCCUGUGUCCUCGUGGGCAAAGGAAAACGACAGAUGCUGAGCAUUGGCGGGAAAGAGAUCAAGGCGAGGUGGACGAGCGCGGAUUCUUUCCCACAGGGCCUCGGGAUCUUUGACAUGACUGCUUUGACGUGGUCCAAGGACGGCAGUUACGAUGCGGAUAUGGACGAUUACGAGUCGCCCGGUGUUGUUCGGGACUGGUACAACAAGGCAGAAAAUAUGGCGGCCGUCUCCUGGUCCUCCAACAAAGUCAAGACCAUGUUCCUCAACCCUUCUCCAACCGACGACUCGGACACUCCAACCACACCUAACACCAGCACUUCACCAUCUUCUGGUUCUGGGGAUACGCAAACCGGUGGCAAAAAAUCCAGCAACGCCGGUGCGAUCGCCGGCGGCGUCGUAGCCGGUGUAUUCGGUCUAGCAAUCCUAGGGGGAUUACUGUUCUAUUUUAUGAGAAAAUCGAAGAAAAACAGGACGGGAUCAGAACUCGACACUGAGUAUAGUGUUGUCGGAGGAGACGGAGACGCAGAGCAGCACCCAGUCCGUGCGUUUCCUCCAGCAAACAAGGAGCUGGCUACCGUUGAGAAGCCGGCUGAGUUACAUGUUGCGCCGGAAGAGCUGCCGACGGAUAACAACCACCAUUGGGAACUGGAUGGGGCGGAGACGCAGGUUGGGAGGAUAGAUAACUCUAGGGUCAGGUACAUGUGA